AUGAAGCCUGAAUACGAUUAUCUUUUCAAACUCCUCCUCAUCGGCGACUCGGGGGUCGGGAAAUCUUGUCUCCUACUGCGGUUUGCGGACGAUACGUACACAGAGAGUUACAUCAGCACCAUCGGCGUGGACUUCAAAAUCCGAACCAUCGACCUUGACGGGAAAACCGUCAAACUGCAAAUCUGGGACACGGCGGGCCAGGAGCGUUUCCGCACUAUCACCUCGUCGUACUACAGAGGCGCCCACGGCAUCAUCAUCGUGUACGAUGUCACAGACAGAGAUUCUUUCAACAACGUCAAGAACUGGAUGAUGGAGAUCGACAAAUACGCGAUGGAGGGAGUGAGCAAGCUUCUAGUGGGCAACAAGUGUGACUUGACCUCGAAGCGCGUCGUGAGUUUCGAGGAAGGCAAAGAGUUCGCGGAUAGCUGCAACAUGCGAUUCAUCGAAACUUCUGCAAAAAACGCCCACAACGUCGAGCAGGCCUUCCACAUCAUGGCGAGUGAAAUCAAGGCGCGUGUGCAAGUGAACCAGCAGCAGAGUCGCCCCAACGCCAACGUGCGGAUCGGCCCGAGUCAGCCAGUGCGCAAUGUCUCUUCCGGCUGUUGCUAA